AUGGCGUAUCCGUGCCCCCCCAUAAAUGACACAUUACGCUCUUGGUCUAGAGAACAGAAUGAGAACUGCUUUGCCAACUUGCAGCUUCCGCCGACUCCUCUGCUCGUCUCAUCCGUCUACACGGGGCAUUCGAGCACCGGGCACACUAUGAUUGAGAUUUUACUUGAACGGACAAGAUUCAUCGCUUGGUCCGACUUUGACGACAAGGUAAAAGCUGCAUGCAGGGACUCCAAGAUUCUUAUCGCUUCCCUCCCCGAAACCGAGAGAUUGGAGGUUGGGGCAAUGUUCAUUGGAGCUAGACAGCAAUUGACAGAGAGUUACAUCGUACCCACAGAGACUGAUACGUUGCAUAUUGUUUCGAAUGCUUCUUGUUCUGUGGCUCGUGUUUACGAAAAGCUCGACCACAAGCAAACAUUGGUUACCGCUGGUCACAACGAGCGCAUACCAUCGUCUUUGUUCCGCUAUGGUGGGUCGCCACCGAUUGAUUUGGUAUUUCGUCGGUCUCCAGGCUUUAUGUUUUCGGAAAGUAAGAACAAGAAUCAAGAACAAAUCAUUCUGGUGGUAGGAGAUCUGAAGCGGCCAUCAAUUCCACUCACUCCAACUCCCGUCCAGGAGAAUUCUUCAGGACAUGUUGCCGCCACGCACAAUGACGGAUACAAAGAAGAGGGGAAGAGCUGGUACGUCAGCAUGAUGUCGCAGGCUUUGAUACACGCCAUGCACACGAAGAAUGGGUGCGUCUUCUUAACAAACCACAACGACACCAUCUUCAUGAAGGUUGGAGCGCACAGCGGGAGGAGCGGAUGGAAACUGCAGGUUGAGGUUUCCAGGUUUUACAAAUGUAACGCGGACGAAUCCUCGUUUCAUGCCAUCAUCGCGAUGCUCCGCGAAUGUGAGACAAGCUCCAACAGCAGCGAUGAAUUGCAAGCAGCGUUCAAUGAUUUUCAGAAGACUCGCCUGAGGAAGAACCCGCGUGAAAGCUCUGGGACCAAUGAAAGUAGUCGCAACGUUUUGAAACCCGAGAUGAUAACAAGAGGGCUGGGCUCUCGUGUCACUGAGGCGACAUCUGGUCGUAGUGGGACGAAAGCUGCAAAUACGGCAGCAUGUAUCCAGAACAGACAUAAGCGUCCGAAAACCCAGGACAGCGCAUUUUUUGAACAAGAUGCAGCACAGUUAUAUCAGCCAGAACUGAUCCGCCGUUUAAUGGAGGCUUCAGAUGACAUCAUCACGACGGACGGGCACUCGACGGUGUUGCGGAGCUGGAAUGGUGACAUGGAAGUAGCCGUGAAGUACUGGAACUGCGCUAGCCAAGAAGGAUUAGAUAUGAUCGUGAACGAGGCUGGGGUAUACGAAGAAGUCGCGGAUACAUGUCCACACUUGUUGGGGACGGUGUUACCGCGUGUAGUGGCGCUUUGGAAGGAACCGGAAACGGACACAGUGGUUGUGACAGAGCAUGUGGGAGAAUCUUUGAGCAUGGAAACGAACGAAAACGGGCUCAAUGAAGUGUUGAGGUGUGGGAAUGUUGUGCUUGACAGCAGAGAUAGUGAAUUGCUAACACAAGCGGCGCACGAAGCACUUAAAGAGCUUCACGAGACUGGAUUGCGACACAUGGACAUCGGCACGCGGAACAUGAGGGUGAGACGAGAGAUGGAUAAGAAGGGAGUAGUGAUCUGGAGGGUGUGGUUUAUUGAACUUGGGCGGGCGUACUUUUCACAGGAUGACCGUGAUAAAGGACAGGAUGAGAACGAUCUACGACGUGCAUGUGCCACCAAGUUCAGUAGAUCAACAUGUGACACUACCGCACCCGUGGAUUCCAGCGAAUCGACGAGUGACGGCGAGAAUGAGGAUUAUUUCCCUUAGAAUACGGUACACCAUAUCUGGUGCAUAACCAUGCACAACAGUCGUCCUUGACGAAUAGCAAUAGUACUGCGCAGUGGGCAGUAAAAAGGAGGCUAUAGUUCUAUCGA